GUUUUUGCCGGAAUUACUAAUUUUCGCUGUGUGCGAUAGCAUUGUUAUUAUGUACUCAACGCGGCAGUAAUUUUUAUUUUAACGCAAACGAUAAUUAGAGCUUUUCUUUUAAACAAUGAAUUCGAAGCGAAAGUCGUCUGCAAUUAGCGAAGAAGAGAGAGAAGAGAAACAACCACGUGCCGUAGUCCGUCCUAAAAUGAGACAGGAUUUGUUACAUGAUUCUGCUGUUCAGAAAUUACAGAAUGCUUGGGAAAAUUCCAAUAGUGAAAUUAAAGGUGUGGCGUCCCGCCACAGCGAGCGCGACGCUUGCGUUCCAGACGACGACGUGGAGGUGAUUGGCGACCCGUUCAGGAUCUGCGUGCUGAAGCGGUUCCUGAGCGACGCGCGGCUGUGCGGGGCGCUGAAGGACUCCUUCCUGGAGCUGUCGCUGCAGCGCAAGGAGAGCGACCUGUUCUCGUUCUACCAGUCGGAGGACCUGAGCACCAUCGACGACCCCGAGGUGGCCGAGCUGCUGGACUUCCUGGAGACGGAGUGUCGGGACUGGGUGCGCCGCGUCACGGGGCUGGCCCUGGACGGGGGUGUGUCUGCGACGCUGUCCGUCUACGACCACGGAGACCACCUGCUGUGCCAUGACGACAAGUUCGAGGACAGGUGCGUGGCCUUCAUCCUGUACCUGAACACCGACUGGCGGCCGCACUUCGGGGGCGAGCUGCAGAUAUUCAACACCCACGAUAGUAAUCUGCCGAAAGAGGUUGUGCGAUCCAUUCUGCCGGAGAACAACACGUUCGUAUUCUUUGAAGUCGCGGAUAAUUCGUUCCAUCAGGUUGCGGAAGUGUUGGUGGAGAACGACCUGCGGGUGACCGUGAACGGCUGGUUCCACGGGGCGGGCGAGAUGGCGGCCGUCCCAGCGCCCGUCUACCCCACGCAUCCCGGGCCGCGCGACCUCGCCGUGCCUCCCGUGUCUGCGGAAGGAACUAAACUGGAAGAUUUUGUAGCCUCGGAAUACUUGUCCCAGCGAAGUGAGUUUCGCUCUCAGUUUGAGGCGGACAGUGAAAUGAUACUGCCGUCAUUCCUAAGGAAGGACAUGUACGAUCAGAUUGCUGAAGAACUCUGCCAGAGUGGCGUCGCAUGGUCGCCGUUAUAUCUGCCAGACCACAGGCGGUACGAGGUGUUGGAGGCCGGCGACGCGGGGGGCAGCCUCCGGAGGCUCCUCCACCUGCUGGGCUCCAGCUCUUUCUUCUCCUUCCUGGAGGACCUCACGGGGCUGUCGCUGACCCCGGGGGCCGGCCCCGUCGCCUCCGGCUCCCAGGCAGGGAGCGGGGCGCCCGCCGGCCCCCGGGGCCACUGCGAGGUGCAGAGGUGGCGCAGCGGCUGCUACUCCCUCGCCAAGGACAGCGACUUCCAGCUGCCCUCGGGCGUGCUCGAGGUGCGCCUGUUCUUCAACUGCGGCGGCGUGUCGGACGACGGCGAGGGCUCCAUCACCUACAUCGCUGCCAACGAGGAGGAGAAGGUAGAAGAAUGCCGCCCGGGACGGGGAAUAUUGGUUGGCUGCUGUCGGUCGAGCCGGUGGACAACAUGGCAGCGUGUGUGUAUCGAGACGACGGCACCGCCACGUUCGUGAAGUACAUCACCUCCAAGUACUCAGGAUUGCACCACGUCAUCAGCUGUUCCUACUUUGAGUGAUGUUCGACCACAUAAGAACAACUGCGCCGAAGUCUGUUUGCUCGAGGCAGUCGAUGAAAUGAUUGUGUGUGUAUAGAGAUGACAGGACCGUUUGUGAAGUACAUCACCUCCAAGUACCCAGGAUUGCACCACGUCAUUAGCUGUUCCUACUUCGAGUGAUGUUCGACCACAUAAGAACAACUGCGCCGAAGUCUGUUCGCUCGAGGCAGUCGAUGAAAUGGUAGUGUGUGUAUAGAGAUGACAGGACCGUUUGUGAAGUACAUCACCUCCAAGUACCCAGGAUUGCACCACGUCAUCAGCUGUUCCUACUUCGAGUGAUGUUCGACCACGUGAGAACGACUGCGCCAAAGUCUGUUCGCUCGAGGCAGUCGACAAAAUGGCAGUGUGUGUAUAGAGAUGACAGGACCGUUUGUGAAGUACAUCACCUCCAAGUACCCAGGAUUGCACCACGUCAUCAGCUGUUCCUACUUCGAGUGAUGUUCGACCACGUGAGAACGACUGCGCCGAAGUCUGUUCUCUAACCAAAGCUAUUGGCUUCUUUCCAGAUUCUGUUGGUGUUUUAAUAAUUGCUUUAGUAUUGAAAAAGUUUAUUUUCGAUUGGUUUUUACUUCCUUUACAAAGAUUGUGAUAUGAAAAGGAAAGAAUGUAUUAAUAGAAUUGCACAAUGUCAGAUGCUGGUCAUUUUAACAAUUGUCUAAGUAACUUUUUUUUUACUUUUUACAAUGGGAAAAAGAAAACAAUAUACAGCGAAACCCCUUAUUUACGUUACCGUUAUUUACGUUUUCCCGUUAUUUGCACUAUAUUCUUCAGGUCCCGUUUGGUUCCCAUAUAGUCCAAUACAAUACUUUCCCGCGAAUUACGUCUCAAAAAUCGAAUCAAUCCCGCUAUUUACGUCACGAACAACCAUAAACAACCAGAAAAUACCGUGGAGCUAGUAGGCAAUGAACAUUUUAAAUAGCAAAAUAUACAUAUUUUAUAACAUGAAAAGUUGCUUUUAUUUCUAAACAUGUAAUAAUUUAAGCCUAGGCGUGUAAAAGUACGAGUAAUUAUAGCAGGAGACAAUCUAAAAUGCACGAGGGAAAAACGUAAACUCAUGAAUGUACAAACAUGGCUGCUUGUAAGUUCUGAUACUGUAUUUAUGUCACAACUUAGCCGAAAUACUGGUACGAGACAUAAACUUCACAAGAUAAAAUGAGCGGUGUCUUGGUAACUGUUUUAUACGUCUUUUAUAAUUUGGGAAGUAUUGUACAGUUGACGCCAUAUUUUUUAAACUAACCAUUUAUUUCUGGGGAUCGUAAAUAAUUAAUUAUUGGUAUCAAGACAUCAUGAUAAACGUAAACUUGAACAUGUCACGGCAGCGAGAAAACUGGUGCGUAUACCAAUAAACUGGUAUUAGAACUGGAUAAAAUUGGUACACGGGAGGUGGAGCUUAUAUUUUUUUCCGCUAAGCUCGCAUCUAUUGGUUGGCGGCUGAUGGCGUCAUGAGUCUGGGCGGAGCAUAGAGUGCGCAUGCGCCGCCGCGUCGUUACAGCAGCUGACCGAGUACAAUGACCUUUCUCCGCGUUUGGCGCGCUAUUGACGGUAAAUAUUCAUCAAUUUGCGGCCUUUUCUUAAAAAUUUUUUUACUGUGAGCAAUGUGUAUGUAGCCCGUAUUUGUUAUAAACCCUGCCGGUUGCAACUGUAUUUAUAAUUUGGAGAGGCAAAUAAUCUCCUUGAACAGCCAAAAAAGCAAGCAGAAGAAAAUUUCAAAUUUAUUUUUUAGGAAGUAAUCAGAAAAACAUUUUGGCUUUCAUUCUUUUUUUAUUUUUGUCAAAUGUGGUAAAUUAAUAAUUGAUUAAAUACUAAAGUAAAAUUUGUUGUUAGUGUGUUUGUACCUGCAUUGUAGUAUGUGCUAUUAAACAAAAGGAAAAAAAUUCUAAAUAAGGUAAACUGUACUCCUUUUUAUGCUUUUCCCUUUAUUUACACUUUCCCGCUUUUUACACUUUUUUACUUUGUCCCCAUGAAAAGUGCAAAUAAGGGGUUUUGCUGUAAUUAUGUUGCAAAAUUGUGGGAACUGUAAAAAUCAGCACACAGUACUGUGUGAGAAUCAUAUGGAAGCACAGGAAAGUGGUGUCAAAUAUGUGAAAGUGUUGAAUCAAAAAGGUGCAAGGUGUAUAAUAAAUCCUCUGCUUGUAUGUUGCUGUAAUGGACUACAUGAGGUCGUAGAAGCUAUCUGGCCACUAGGCUCCUGACUCUGUACUCGUUAUAAAUGUGUGUUGUGCCGUGGUUUGGAUCAGACUGCAUGUUCACAACUUGUCGCAAAAGCGGGAUGCUGUGGCGAUCACUGCCGCAUGGGACGCUUGCAAGAAGGGUUUCUGUGGUGCAGUCCAGAUAAUUCGAACAUUUUUGAACCCUUCGAGGCACUGUUCCACGUCUUACUUGCCGGUAACAGUAUGGCGGCCGGCCAUUUUACUUCAUCAUGCUCUUAAGCCAGUCAGAUCGAGGAAAAGUUGAGGACAGAUUGUAUGCUUCUGUGUUGUUUGUACUGUUGUUUGUGUUUUUUGGGCGUAAAUGGCGUUUUAUUGAAAAUGGGCUGCGGCUUAACUUGACUCGAAUCAUGUUUAUAAUACUCAUUAGCAUGUGAUGACUGUUCUUUUUUCAUAAACCUCUAUACAUGUUUGAUUAGUGCAACCAGACCAUUAUUUUGCAAACACUUCGCAGCAAUAUAUCAUAUUUACAAUCCUACCAUUUUCUUAAUUUUCAAUUUAUUUUACAUGACUUCACUGCUUGCAAAACUGAUACCAUGUAUUCCACUUUUUACGUUUAUGAACACUGGAAAAUGUCACCAUUUUGAAAUGGUGUACUGUAUGUUAUAGAUUUGUAAAACAAAUCACGAAAAGAAAAUAAUUUAAUGUCUGGAGUCAACUUUUUUUUCUACUACAGCAACAAUCAAUAGUAUCAUUAGGCACAAACACAAAAUAGAUACAAUAUGUAUCUACAUAUCUUUGAUGAUCUAGUGAAAAUAACAAAUGGAUUCAUUUUUUUAUAACUAAAGUGGUAAUGUAUUUUACAUCUAAUUUAGUGCCACCUUUUAAAGAAAUACUAUGUAACCUGACAGUUGAAAAUGCUAAAGUAUUGCUGUUUUUGAAGUCAGAACAACAAAUAACUAAAAAAUGGCAGAAGAAAUAGAAAAAUAUCAAUUUUCUGAUGUUAAUAAAUUUCGCUUUUUCUGGUGGAAAAUUAAAAAAAAUAAUUGAAAACUGCAUAAUGAGUAUGUUAUAAUGUUAUAUGUUGCUAGGUUAACCUACAUGGGCUGUUUUUAAAUUCCGACUUGAUUCUGAUAAAGUUUGAUAGUCGGGAUGGCUAGGUAGUUCGAACUUUUCUAUAAAAAUAAUCAAAUUACAAGUGUUUUUAUUAGAAAAAAAUAUUUGUUUACGUGCAUAUAAAAAUUUUUUGUCAUUUUUUUGUACAAUUUUUUUAACAUUGCUUUAACUGUAUUUUUCUGUUAUUCUUGGAUCUCUUGCCAGUCAAAACUCCGGAUAAUCGGGAGUCUUACUGUAUGUAAUAGAUGUACUUAACUAAAAAAAAAAUUAAUAAAUAAAAAUGGGUGCCUGGCUGCCACAUGCAUUAGAAGUGAAA